CAAGGCGCGGAACGGAUACGCCAAAAGGCUGAGGAGAGUCAAGCAGAUACCAAGUCCGACGCCAAGGCGCGUUCUCAGCAGUUUGCUGAUCUCUACAUCGCCUUCCUCAACGAACUCGCAGACUAUCCCAGCGGUCGUGGUAUCCUCACCGUUCGUUGUAUUCUUGAGGCCCAGCAGCACUUCCUUCGCAAGCUCGGUUUCCCGGACGCCUUCUGUCAUCAGAAAAAGGUUCGUCCUGAUGCUGUGUUGUACCCCUUUCAUUCACACAGGCUCUCAUUGGGUAUUGCGAUCCGAGGCAUCACAUCUGGGAAGGACAGUGUGUUAGACCAUCGAUGUCGUUGA